AACGAAACAAAACGAAACGUCAGAGUGCAUUUGCGGUAGCUGCCUAAUAGAUCAUCUUUGCCUACAUACCUUACCUAACCUGACCUAACCUAUCAAAUGCACCUCAUACUUGAUAUGCCACCGAGGCCAGGGGGUGCUUGUGCGUUUUAGUGCGGCCCAAUUUGUGUGGGCGACCUCGACAUUUCAUCUGCCGCUUGCACUCUACCUUAGACUAACCUCCACCCUCAGCAUUCCAUCAAACUCGCCGACCUCAAACCACAAUCAACCACUGCACAACAUGGCAGACGACGAGUCCAGUGACCUCACGUCUCUCUCUUCGUUGUCUCCAGCUCCCUCUGACGACGAGAAUGACGUCGAGCUCAAGGAAGACAAGGGUACCGGCAUCCUGAAGUUCUUCCACAAGCUUCCCAACGGUAGCAAGCCUGCAAAGCCCACCAGAGAACCCUCACCGCCGCCACGCAAGAGAUCGCCUUCGCCACCUCACGAUUAUGUUCUCGCCGACAAUCCGGCCAUUGCGUUCAUCGUAAUGUUCCGAAGCCGAUUCAGCGAUGCCUUCCCAAAGUCGCUUCCCAACUUUGGACCGCAAGAAUUGGAAAGCGAUGUCACCGGAUCUGUUCCCGGCGACCGCGUCGAGCUGUUUCUGUGCGCAGUCCUCGGCUUACUGUUGAAUCGCAAGCAAGAUGUCAAACCGGGACAUUACGGUAGAGCUCUAGAAGAUGCUAUUUCGACUCACAAGAGCCAAUGGCCCAAGGAUUGGCAGAAAAAGAACCCUCUAUCAGGCGGCGCAUCGUUUAUAUCAAUGAACCCCACGGAACGACUCACUUUAUUGCGAACCCUCGUGCUCUGGAGCUUGUCGUCCUCAGAUUCGGUCAAACAGAUUAUCAACACGUCCUACAAGGGCAAUCGCCGUGAAGACGACCUAAACCAACCACUCUCUGUCCAACCCUGGGGCUCCGAUAGCGACAAGCGCCGUUACUUCCUCAUCGAGGGCCUAGAUGACACCAACUUUCGAGUCUAUCGCGAAAGCAACCCAGCAGGAUUUAACAGAACAUGGCGGAGUGUUGCAGGAAGCAUUGAAGAGCUCAAUGCACUCGUAGAAAGACUACAGACGAAGGAUGGCGGUCAGAAAGGGAAGAAGCUUGCACAGCAGAUGCUGGCUGCUGUUCCUAGAUUCGAGGCCUCGGAAGAGAAGCGCAGGAGACGAGAAUACCGCCAACAACAGAAGGAGCGCUUCAAGCGUCCUGAACCUGGCUUCUCCAUGUAUGAAGGGAGAACCAGAGGCAAGCGUAUGAAGUACACAUAUUCCGACGACGAGGAUUUCCUGACGGACGGUUCCGGUGUUCGCCGCUCGACACGCAAUACAGGUACGACUACUCCAGCCGAGCCUGCUGGGCCCGUCACCACAGCUAGCGGCCGUCAGAUCAAGGCACCUUCACGUAUGACAGUUGAUGCUUCAAACAACAUCGUGACUACGGACCCCGACCACGAUCAAAUGUCCGUCAGAGGAGCUUCGGCACGAGCAUCAUCUAAGGAAUCCUCCCUCGGGCCAAGCGGUCGCCCACGGAGGUCCGCUGCGGCCAACCAUGGCACCAAUGGCUGGCCAUCCUCACGUAAUGAUGAGUACAAUUCUGACGAGGACGAGGACGACAGCGAGCCAGAUUUGGGCGAGGAUGAAGAUGAUCAUGUGCCUGAUGUCGAGUCCGAGGAUGAAGAGGACGAAUUCGAUGAGGACGUAGAAAUGGCCGACGAUGACAACGAGCUGGAUGACAGUGCUGAGAGUAUGGUCGUGAAGCUAAGGGUCCCUGCCGAGAAAGAAGGAGUGAAAAUCGACUUUGACAAGUUUCGUUACAACGGAUCUGUAGCGAAGGCUGCGGUCGAUGAGCCAACAGAGACGAAAAGCGAGGACCAGGAUGGAGAUGCUGCAACGGUCGCAUCUAGGGAAAGGGGCACUCCUGAGCCACAAGUGCGGGAGUCAGCUUCUGUUGCUAUACCCGCAGGGCAGCUGCCUUUAUCACCAGCAACCCAUACCUUGCAAUCCAAAUCUCUGGCUUACAGGGAAAGCCCAGAGAAAUUACAGGCGCCACCGCCGCCGCCCAUUACGCGGCCGCCCGUCGAGUAGAACUCGGUUGUAUGAGGAUUGAGAUUACAGGACGGCGCUUCUACGGAUCGAAACCUCUGCUGUGAUUGCGUUCAUGGUUUUGCGUUCAUGGUUUUACCGCUUGAGCUUGGUUUUAGGCGUUGGUUUCGAGGGUGUUACACCCUCAAAAAAGCGACAUUUUGAGGCAUUGAGGGAACGGUAGGCCUUCAUGUUGUUUACGGGUGAU